GUCCGUGCUCACCCGGGUGUGGCCCACACACGCGCGCCCACACAUUCACGCGCGCAAAGGAGAGUAUUUCCGAGUGGGUUUCGGCCGUCCGUCCCUCUCUUCCUCUCAUCUCUCUGUCUGCUCGCCGAGCUUCAUCUGACUGCCGCAGCUCCGCCACUUUCUUCUUACCGCCGAAUAAACCUCCAAGACUGACUGAAAAUGGCCAGCAGAGGAACUGUGAAAGCCAGUGGAAACUUCAAUGCCAGUGCAGAUGCUGAUAGCUUGUACAAGGCUAUGAAAGGGCUGGGGACUGACGAGGAUGCCAUCAUGAAGCUGUUGACGGCUCGCAGCAACGCCCAGAGGCAGCAGAUCAAGGCCGCCUACAAAACUCUGUUUGGAAAGGAUCUGAUAGAUGACCUGAAGGGAGAGCUAGGUGGCAAAUUUGAGACCCUGAUCGUGGCUCUGAUGACCGCACCCAUCAUUUAUGAUGUGACAUCCCUCCGCAACGCCAUCAAGGGGGCAGGAACAGAUGAGAAGGUCCUGGUGGAGAUCCUCGCCUCCAGAACUCCUCAGCAGGUCAAGGACAUCAUCGCUGCUUAUAGACAAGAGUACGAUCAGGACCUGGAGGAGGAUAUAUGUGGUGACACUUCAGGUCACUUCAAGAGACUUCUUGUUAUUCUGCUGCAGGCGAACAGGCAGAACAGGAUCCAGGAGGGAGAGAUCCAGAGUGAUGCUGAGGUCCUCUUCAAGGCAGGAGAGCAGAAGUUCGGCACUGAGGAACAAUCCUUUGUCACCAUCCUGGGAAACCGGAGUGCUGAACAUCUUAGGAAAGUAUUUGACGCUUACAUGAAGUUGUCUGGAUACGAGAUGGAGGAGAGCAUUAAGAGGGAAACAUCCGGCGGCCUGAGAGAUCUGCUUCUCGCCGUGGUGAAGUGUGCCAGGAGCGUUCCAGCCUAUUUUGCUGAGACUCUGUACUAUGCAAUGAAGGGUGCAGGAACGGAUGAUAACACCCUGAUCAGAGUGAUGGCGAGUCGCUGUGAGGUUGACAUGUUGGACAUCAGAGCUCAGUUCAGGAGGAUGUUUGCCUGCUCUCUGUAUUCCAUGAUCAAGGGAGACACCAGCGGUGACUACCAAAAGGCCUUACUGUUGCUCUGUGGUGGAGAUGACGCGUAACCAUGGCAACAAGCAAUACAACAAACUACACCUGAAGUGCCUCUUUAAGUUGGCCCAUUGUGCCGUCGACUCAUUGAAACAGGAAGCGAACACAAACUCAAAAUUCAUCACAACAAAACUUUCUUGUGCGUGUGAGAAAGAAAGACGGCCCAUCAGGUCUUUUUAAACUAUGAUACCAAAUAAUGUCUUUGAAAGGUAGCUAACAUUUUGUUAAUGUACACAUUAUAAUGCCGCUUUUGGUCAACUAACAUCCUCAAUAUGACUUAUAACAUUAAUUUGUAAUGCUAAAGGAUCAGACCACAAUUGUUUUGUUUGCACUUUGUAUGGCUGAAACAAUAUAUGCAAUAAUAAACUUUUCAGAUGAAGUACAA